AUGGGCAGUAAUGGCAGAGAGCAUAGGUACGGAGUCCCACGCCCGCCGCCUUUAUCACUUUACAGGGACUGGGAGGAGGAAGAGUUCGUAAAGACCGGCAAACACCGGCAGUCGCCGCUGGAACAGUCAACAUCGAUUGCGGCCACAGCCGGCAUUGCCAACAAGAAGAGGUUGUCGAAGCAGCUGUCCAUGAAGGAGACCACCCGGGAGGUCAAGUGGGAGAAGCGGAGGCGGCAGAUACAACGACAGAGGAGCAGCAUGCGCCUGAACGAAGCCGACGACAGGGCCGGUGGCAGCACUGUUUGUCCUGUUGACAGCGAGGCGAGCUCGAGCGCGGAGCGGGUGGCCAAGCGUAUAACCGACGAGGACCUCGAUGAGCUGAGAGGAUCCAUGGAUCUUGGCUUCAGGUUCGACGAGCAGAAGGGCGGGCAGGACCUCUGCGACACCCUCCCCGCCCUCGACCUCUACUUCGCCGUCAACCGGCAGCUGUCCGAGCCCAAGAUGCGGUUUUCUACGACCUCAGCGCAGUCUCUGUCGGCCACCAAGUCGUCGCCCAACCUCUGCGGCACGCCCACCCCAGGUAGCCCUAGUGCUCACUCUAAUAACCCCUUGGAGUCAUGGAAGAUCUGCAGUCCAGGAGAUAACCCACAGCUUGUGAAGACAAGGCUUAGGCACUGGGCUCAAGUAGUGGCUUGUUCAGUGAAGCACUCGAGCUGA